AUGUCCAACGUUGCAGUCUCAAAAGAUUAUGUCGAUGACUCUGUCACAUUUGAGAGCUUUGGUUUAGAUCCAAGGUUAAUUCAAGCGAUAAAUAAGCUUGGUUUUGAGCAUCCAACAUUAAUUCAAUCUCAAUCCAUCAAACUGUCUCUACAGGAAAAGAAGGAUAUUAUAGCAAAAGCUUCUACUGGAUCAGGUAAGACAGCAGCAUAUUGUAUACCUAUUGUCCAGAGUAUUUUAGUUGAUAUGGAAGGGAAUACCACUACCAGCCAGCGUGAAAUCCAAAGUGUAAUUUUAGUGCCAACAAAGGAAUUAUCAAAGCAAGUUACAGCGUUUUUGAAGGAUUUAACUGUUUACUGUGGAAAGUCCAUCAAGACUGUUAACCUGAACGACAUUGAUAAUAACCUAUUGCUGGCGUCAGUCUUAAAUGAAAAGCCAAAUAUAUUGGUCUCUACGCCAUCCAGAAUUCUUUCUGUUUUAGAAGAAAAUGCCAAAGUGAAUUUAAUGGACCUCAUGUACCUCGUCAUCGAUGAAGUUGAUUUGAUGUUAUCUUACGGAUAUGAUGAGGAUUUAGAAAAAUUGAGCAACUUUUUAAAUUUGAAACAACAUAUGCAAGUUUUCAUGAUGAGUGCAACGCUAAAUGACGACAUCAAUGGACUAAAGGAUAAGUUCUGUAACAAACCAGCUAUUCUAAAGCUACAGGAUCUAGAUAACCAAAAUAAAAGACUACUCCAGUACUAUGUGAAGACAAAUGAAUUUGAUAAAUUUUUACUCAUCUAUGUUAUUUUGAAGCUACAGUUAAUUAAAGGAAAAUUGCUAGUUUUCGUUAAUAACUUGGACAGGGGUUAUAAGCUAAAACUGUUCUUACAAAACUUUGGUAUUAGGUCUUGCAUUCUUAACUCAGAAUUACCUGUCAACUCUAGAUUACAUAUUCUUGAAGAAUUUAACAAGAAUGUUUACAAUUUGCUUAUUGCGACUGAUGAAUCAAACGAGUAUGAUGAGGACGAAGAGAAUGACGGAAAUGAGGGUAAGAAGAAAGCUAAGGAAGCAAAGGACUAUGGUGUCACCAGGGGCGUUGAUUUCAAGAACGUAGCAUGUGUUUUGAAUUUUGAUUUACCAACCUCGUCGAAAGCGUAUAUUCACAGAGUUGGCAGAACAGCAAGAGGUGGUAAGAGCGGCAUGGCUCUAUCCUUCGUAGUUUUAAAGGACCAAUGGGGAACACAUAAAGCUUCAUCAUUACCAAGCGCCAAAAGAGACGAACGGGUUAUGGCCAGGAUUGAAAGAACACAAAAGAAGUUGGGAUAUGAAAUCACUCCUUACCAGUUUGAUAAGAGUCAACUAGACAACUUCAGGUAUAGAAUGGAAGAUUCUUUUAGAGCCGUCACCCAGACAGCCGUACGUGAGGCAAGGUUAAAGGAAAUCAAGAUGGAGUUGAUGACCAGUGAAAAGUUGAAAAGGCACUUUGAGGAAAAUCCACAGGAUUUACAGACGUUGAGGCAUGAUAAGGCGUUGUCUAAAGUGAGGGCUGAUGCGAAUUUGAAGAGGGUUCCUGACUAUUUGUUGCCACCUGGUGCCAGACAGGAUGUUCGGAAGAUGGGAUUUGUUCCCUUCACCAAAAACAAAAAACGUGCACAAGGUAAGAGACGCAGUGGCGGUAAGAAAAAGGUCGAUGUGUUAAAGAAACACAGGAAAUAG